UCAUCUAAUAAAACUUCUUAUUAUCAAAAAAAAAAAAAACCCUUCUUAAUCUUAGACAUUAACCCAACAACAUAAAAAACUUAAAACAUAUCAUGGGAUCAUUGGGAAAAUCUCAAAAGUCUCCCUUUACGCAAAUUUCCAACGACGAAGAGGCUAGCCUCUAUGCCAUGCAGCUUGGCAGCGCGUCGGUACUUCCCAUGGUUUUGAAAUCAGCCAUAGAGCUAGACUUGCUCGAGAUCAUGGCCAAGAAUGAUGGAUUCUCCGGCGUUCAAAUGUCUCCUUCGGAAUUAGCUUCCCAUCUCCCAACCAAGAACCCUGAUGCACACGUCAUGCUUGACCGGAUCCUCCGGUUGCUUGCGUCACAUUCAAUACUGACUUGCUCUGUACGUAAACUACCUGACGGUGGUUCAGAACGGCUCUACGGACUUGGCCCAGUAUGCAAAUACUUGACUAAGAACGAGGACGGUGUCUCUCUUGCCACUCACUGUCUUUUGAACCAAGACAGAGUCCUCAUGGAGAGCUGGUACCAUUUGAAGGAUGCAGUGCUUGAAGGCGGGAUCCCAUUCGAAAAGGGAUACGGUAUGCCCACCUUCGUGUACCAUGGGACAGACCAGCGAUUUGCAAAUGUUUUUAACAAUGGAAUGUCGAACCACUCGACCAUCGUCAUGAAGAAGCUUCUAGAGGUUUACAAGGGAUUCAAAGGGUUGUCCUCUGUAGUCGAUGUUGGUGGUGGAAUUGGAGCCUCUCUUCACAUGAUUGUUUCCAAGUACCCAAACAUCAAAGGGACCAACUUUGAUCUCCCCCAUGUCAUUGAGAAUGCUCCAUCUUUUUCUGGUAUUGAACAUGUUAAAGGAGAUAUGUUUGUUAGUGUUCCCAAAGGAGAUGCCAUCUUCCUUAAGUGGGUCUGCCAUGACUGGAGCGACGAACAUUGCUUAAAAUUAUUGAAUAACUGUUACAAAGCGCUUCCGGACAACGGGAAAGUGAUAGUGGUAGAGUGCUUAGUUCCGGUUGCACCAGACUCGAGCCUCUUGACUAAACAAGUAGUCCAUUUGGACUGUAUCAUGAUGGCUCACACCGCCGGUGGCAGAGAGCGAACGGAAGAGGAGUUUGAGUUGUUGGCAAGACGAGUGGGUUUCAAAGGGUUCCAAGUCAUUUGCAACGUUUUUGGAACUUACAUCAUGGAAUUCUACAAGAUGAUUUGAUCUCUUCAACUUUCUUGUGUCUAUAUUGUCGCUGUUGGAUGUUGCUUUUUUGUUGUGUGACAAAGAUAUCUAUCUAUGUUAUUCGUUGUUGACUUUAUUUGGUGUGAAAGUUGAAGUUUCGUCCUACUAUAUAGUAAUAAAACAUGUUGGGAUCG